AUGCACCGUACCAAGCGACAGAGGACACUCUCCAGUGAUCCAGAUACCGUCAGCCAUGAUACUGUUAGAGAGAGCUCUACUAUUUCUAAUCCAGCCACUGCUGCCCACGAGACUCAAACAUCCAUCGACGCUGAUACAAGGAAAUCUACAUUCUUCUUCACUUCCUUGGGCGGUAUGAGACCUUUCGAUGUCUUCAAUCAGGAUACCAUUGAUGUCUCGAUUCCUCUCGAUAGAUCCUCCCAUUAUAAUGAUGGUCUCUCUAGCAUCAACAUCAACCCUGGGGGUGCCAAUGAAAAUUCGGAUGGUAAAAAUGAGACUGAGAAUGCUCUCGACAAUCUGACGGUCAUCACAGCGGAGUUAUGCAAUUUUGAAGGUUUUCAUCAGAUUCCACAGCCUAAUGGUACUUUCGACAGAAGACCAUACCAAGGAUCUCUUCAGGUACAUCAUAGUGGGCUUUUCACUGAAGGAUCCGUAAGAGAUAGUUUAGUGAAGAAAAACGCGUUGUCCAAUGUUGUAAAGCUUGGACUUCAUGCGGAGAACGACCUUCUCGGCGAUGGAGCACCUUGGGUCCUGGAUUCUCUUGAUCCAGAACGAGUCGAUCGCCACUUAUAUGAUGAACAUGAUAGGCGUGGGAUAGCUUUCCCUGUUGAAUUGACCGCAUCCAAUACCACCUUGGAAUUCACAGGUACUGAAAUACCCACCGAUUUGAAGAUCGGCUUCCUGCACGGCAAAACCAGUCUCGACGAACGACCCGGCACUUCCAUCGAAAAGAUCGGCAGCAUUAUCAAUCAUGAAGCUGGGGCUCUUCAAGGAAGCUCGUGGGUUACAGGAACUGCCCAUUACAUACCUAAUGAUGGAGAGCAAGUUGAUCACGAAGAAGAAAUGAUCAAAACAGCAGACAAACUCAGCAACCAACACUACGAUGAAUGGGCUGAUCACAGACAAAAAUGCGAACGUAUGGAUUUUAUCGACAGACACUAUCUGAUGAUGGGAUUGCGACGAUAA